CAAGAGUUGAUAGUACAUGGUUAAUAUUUUUGCUUAUUUUUGUAUAUUAAACCUGCAUUUUUUGGCAUUACUUAGCUCUUGCUUUAUUAUCAAAGACAAUAAUUUGAUGCAUGAUUCAAUUUAGUGACACAUAAUGGCUAUUGUGGGAGAACAGAGACCACUUUCCAGCGUAGAAUUCCAUGCCUUUCAUCGAAAAAUGUCACAAUCUAGCUUUUGCUUUUACUUUAGCUUUAUUGUGAAUAUUUUUUCAUCUUUUGUGUUUUUAUUCUCAAUGAUCCCUUAGAUUCCCCAUAUGGCUCCUGCAUAGUGAUUCGUGAUCAGUACUUGACAGUAUAAUAAAUAUGAUUUUAUUUUUUUAUUCUUUAUUAUUGUUCAUUUUAAAAUGUCAACUUUAUUAAGUUAAUCUAUGUUUUCAUCUUUAUUCAACGUGGAAUUUUAUCCUUUAACAUGCCCCAACAAGAUAAUCACUUGCUUUAACAGAUCAAUUUUAAAAUCCGUGUGCUAGUUUUUUUGAGUCUUAAGAUUUGGGGUUUCAUCUUAAAAGGCCAACAUUAUUCAGAGAAGUAAUCCAAUUCUUUAUAAAAUGGUUUAGGUUUUUAUCUUUAUUCGAUACAAAAUUUUAUUAACAAUUACAAUCUAAUACAUGUCGCUAAACACACCUUCUGCUGUAAGUUAAUUUCCUUUUAGAUGCAUCAUGAUAAAGUGACAUUCUGCUUUUCCACUUUGAUAAAGUCAAUAAAGAAUAUAAUGCUUUUAACAUUUGUUUAAAAUAAGGACCACCCCUAAUCUAUGGACGCAUCAAUAUUGCAAUUAUUUAUUUUUUGUUGUUUUUGCUUCUGCAUAAAGUCUUAAGUCUCUCUACAGUAUUUUUAUAAAUGGGCACCUUCUUUAACUUUCUUAGAUGUUCUUGUUAAAUUGAUUAAGGUUUAUUCUUUAUGACAUUGUUAACGUUAUAACAUUUUGAAUCAGAAUUUCUGUCUUAGCAAGAGUCAGAACAGUAGUUUAAAUGUAUCAUUUUGUGACUAUAAUUACCAUGAAUCCAAUAUUUUUGCCUGUGCUCGUGCUGUGUGUUCGUGAUAAUUUUAUUCAAGGCAUUUAGCUAAUGCGAUGCUUCCAAAACUAAAUCGAAUGGCUCGCCUUUCUUACACGAAAAAGUUUGAAAAGAUGACUUUUGUCCAAAAGAGAACCAAACCAAUAUAGAAGUAUGAAUUAUAAUUGAAAUUUCGAAAGUUCAAAUUCUUAUUUCAACCAUUUACAUCAUCUGAUUGUUUCCCGGUUCUGGCUGAGGCAAUUCUGGUGCCUUUUGGGAGAGCACAUUGAAGGAGGAUAGAACAAGAACUGGAAAAGCUGCUGGGAUCAAAUUCAACUACUUUGUGUUAUCUGCAACAUUCUACAAAAUGAAACUCCUGUUUUUUGUGGCGGCUGUUGCAAAUCUCUUUCUGUUAUUACCGAAUUUUCAACAGAUUAUUGCUGAUCUUGAUUCAGACAGGAGGGCUCUACUUGACUUUGCUGAUGCUGUCCCACAUAUUCGAAAGCUUAACUGGAAUGCUAAUGUCCCGAUAUGCUCUUCUUGGGUUGGCAUAAUUUGCAACAAGGAUGGAACUAGAGUGCGUGAAAUCCAUCUUCCGGGGAUUGGGCUCAAUGGAUUGUUCCCGGCGAAAACUAUUGGAAAACUCGAUGGUCUUAGGGUCCUUAGCCUUCGAUCUAACCAUCUCACAGGAAGUCUUCCUUCUGAUAUCCUUUCCAUUCCUUCCCUCCAAUCCAUCAACCUUCAACACAAUAACUUCUCUGGUGAUGUCCCUCCUACCCUCUCUCCUCAACUUAGUGUAGUAGACCUAUCCUUCAACUCUUUCACGGGGUCAGUUCCAUCCACAGUUAAGAACUUAAAGAGAUUAUCUACGUUAAAUCUCCAGUUCAAUUCGUUCUCCGGAGGCGUCCCCAAUCUUGAUCUCCCAAGGCUCAAGAGUUUGAAUUUGAGCCAUAACUUGCUAAAUGGCUCAAUUCCAUUUUCCCUACAGAAGUUUCCGAUUUCAUCCUUCAUAGGAAACUCUCAUUUAUGUGGUCCACCACUGAAUUCUUGCUCUACACUAUCUCCAUCACCUUCCCCUUCGAUUGAUAAUUUUUCUCCUACAAUUUCUGGAAGACAUAAUGCUUCUCACUCGAAAAAACUUAAUUCAGGAGCUAUCAUUGCUAUUGCAAUUGGUGGCUGUUCAAUAUUACUUCUUCUAAUUUUGGUGAUCUCGUUCUUCUGUCGGAAGAAGAAAGAUAGGGGCAUAAGUGUGACAAAAGCUAAGGCCUCUAGCGGUGGAAAGAAUGAAAAUUUGAAGUCUGAAGAUUUUGGAAGUGGAGUACAAGGAGCUGAGAAGAACAAGCUUAUAUUCUUUGAAGGUUGCUCUCAUAGCUUUGAUCUCGAAGACUUGUUGAGGGCAUCAGCUGAAGUACUUGGGAAGGGCAGUUAUGGUACAGCUUACAAAGCUGUUCUAGACGAGGCAACUGUAGUAGUGGUGAAACGUCUAAGGGAAGUUGAGGUUGGAAAGAAGGAAUUUGAACAGCAGAUGGAGAUCUUGGAUAGAAUUGGUCGGCACCCUAACAUUGUGCCAGUUCGUGCUUAUUAUUAUUCCAAAGAUGAAAAGCUUCUCGUCUGGGAAUACAUGCCUGCUGGUAGUUUGUCUGCAGCCUUGCACGGUAACCGAGACACUGGAAGAACUCCAUUAGAUUGGGAUUCCAGGCUGAAGAUUUCACUUGGAGCAGCAAACGGAAUUGCCUAUAUCCAUUCUGAAGGUGGUGCUAAAUUCAUUCAUGGCAACAUAAAGUCCUCGAACAUACUCCUCAACCAAGAUCUUGAUGGCCGUGUUUCUGAUUUUGGAUUAAGCCCUCUGAUGAAUUCUUAUGCUAUCAAAUAUCGAGGUACUGGCUAUCGAGCUCCAGAAGUGAUUGAAACGCAAAAAAUCACUCAAAAAUCUGAUGUCUACAGCUUUGGAGUAGUCUUACUUGAAAUGCUCACAGGCAAAUCCCCUAUUCAAUCUUCGGGCUACAACGAUGUUGUUGAUCUACCUAGGUGGGUGAGGUCCGUUGUUCGCGAGGAAUGGACAGCUGAAGUUUUUGACGUGGAGCUGACCAAGUACCCUAACAUUGAAGAAGAGUUGGUGCAAAUGCUUCAGAUUGCUUUUGCGUGCGUGGCAGAACUACCAGAUAUGCGACCAAAUAUGGACGAUGUAGUUAGAAUGAUUGAGGAUAUUCAACAAUCUAAACUUGAGAACAGACCGUCAUCUGAGGACAAUAUGUCGAAGGAAUCCAAAGUGCAAACACCAGAAUAAUAUGAGCUUUUAGCUUAUACUUUGAUUCUUGAAUCAACUUCAAUAAUUUGUUGUGCAUCACCUUGGCUCAUGUAAUCGUUUGCAAAUUUCUGGCCAUCAAUUAUCUCUUCACAUUAAGAUUAGCCUCAUGCUUCCAAUUUUUUGCCCUUGUUUGUUCCUCUUCA